CAACUAGCUUUGACUCGAGCAGUGAACCGUCACGUCUACAGCUUAACGCAACAUGCAUGGGCGUGCCAUCAUCUGGAGCUGCAUCUGCAUUGGCAUUUGCCUUGUCCACGUCUAUGCCGUGCCAGCGGCCAGGCCGCGUCGCCAGGUGGUGCAGCCCUUGUGGCUAAUGCGGCCCGAUUUGCUGCCCACCUCACAGGCGGCAAGGGUGAGCGUGACGCCGCAGAAGCUACAGGAAACGGCCGACAUACGUGCCAGCAUACAAAAGGCUGUCAAUGAGGGCACCUACAUGGUGGCCGCCAGUCCGCAGCAGUUCCUGACUGCGCUGGGCCAAGUGAACAGCCCUGGAGCACCUGGUAGCCCAUUCCCGAUGCCCGUGCUGCCCGCUUUCACGCUGCCAAAUGCGACUUGGUGGCGAGCGCUUUAGAGACAUCCGAAACUCCGAGGAUUCGCCGCCAUCAGCGACCGAACAGAUGCGGCAAUUUCAAAAGUUUACGCGCCUUGAGAAGCUGCAACAAAAAAACAAUUUGCAUUAACCGGAAAUUCAUUUGGUUUUUAUUUGGAAAAAAAAAAAAAAAAACUUAAUCAUGUAGUAAUAAUGAAAU